AUGGUGGAAGCUAUGAAGAAGGUUGUGGAGGGUGGUGAGGAGUUGACAGUUGAGGAACGUAAUCUGCUCUCUGUUGCUUAUAAGAAUGUAAUUGGAUCUCGGCGAUCAUCUUGGCGUGUGUUUAGUGCGGUUGAGCAGACUGAAGAACGCCGAGGCAACAAGGACAAGCAAGCUGCUGCAAAGCGUUUCCGUGAAGUUUUGGAAGGUGAAUUAGACCAAGUAUCCAAGGAAAUACUGGGUCUCAUUGAUAAAUAUCUGAUCGAAUCCGCGUCAAAACCUGAUUCUAAAGUUUUCUAUCUCAAGAUGAAAGGUGAUUACUACCGUUACAUGGCGGAGUUCUCCGUCGACCCCCAACGCAAAGAAGCGGCUGCGAAAAGCGAUGAUGCUUACAGAGAGGCCUCAGAUAUUGCUGCAACUCAGCUGGCGCCAACUCAUCCAAUCCGAUUGGGAUUAGCUCUAAACUACUCAGUUUAUUUCUAUGAAAUUAUGAACAACCCAGUCAAGGCGUGUGACCUUGCACGUUCUGCAUUUGAUGAUGCUAUUGCCAAGCUAGACCAGUUGUCAGAAGAAAGUUAUAAAGACUCCACUUUGAUCAUGCAGUUGCUACGAGACAAUCUAACGCUGUGGACUUCGGAUCCUGAGGGAGAAGAAGAUGCAAAGAAAAACACGGACGAAAAAGCCUAA